AAGAUCUUCACACAGUCGAUGUGAAAGUGCGUGGGUGAAUAGAACCCGAAGAAAACCAAACCGAGGAUUAUGAUUGGAUAUACGCUGCUGCUUCUGGGAUUUCUGGCCUUUGCGCAGGCGCAAAAGCUGAACGAAACAAGUGCUGGUGGUGUUGUCCUGCAGGAGCCAGGACUGUGGCGCCAGGGCAGGCGGAGGAGUGUCCUGGCGGACAGUUGUAUGACCAACAGUGGCACCACCGGCACCUGCCUCACGCGCUUCAAGUGCAUGCGGCAGUCGGGCACCGUCAACGGAUAUUGCGGCACCUACGGCGUCUGCUGUGAAACUAACCUUCAAGUGGGAGCAUCGACGCGUCAGAAGAGGACUAUUAUCAAAAAUCCCGGCGUGAUUUCCAGUGAUUUGAACACCUACACCAUCGAGGCUUUUAGCAGCAAUGUGCAGCAGUUGCGAAUCGAUUUCGAGCAGUUCGUGAUGACACAGCCCACGGACACCGAUGGAGUCCUCGAAUGUCAGGAUUACUUCGAGGCAGGAGGCUUCAAGUUGUGUGGCGUAAAUGAUGGCCAACACCUGUAUUUGCCCUUCAAUGCGGCUGCGGGUGUGGAUCAGGUGACCCUGACAUUUCUGGUGACCUCCAGGGGAACUGCUCCCACUUGGAGGCUGGUGGUCACCCAAUUGGAGGGUCCACCUCCGAACAGCAAGCGGCGAUCCAGCACCUCCGCUGGUUUGGGAACCUCCACCAAUUCCCUGCAGGAUCUUCGCGACAUCUUUGCCACUCAUCAUGCAGAUUAUGAGCUGUUGGCUCCACCAGGUUGCCAGCAAUACUUCACGGAAUUAACGGGCACCAUUACCAGCUUCAACUACCAGUCUUCAGUGGUCAGCAACUAUAUGCCCGAUUUGAGCUACAAUAUCUGCAUUAAGUCUGCAACUAGCGCCAGCAUGAUUGAGUACUCCUUCAGCAAGUUCUCGAUGUCGGUGCAGGCUGAAACGGGCGAAGGUUACGACGAGUUCUGCCAUGCCACAGUGCACACGGCUGGGAGGCAAGAGGACUACCUGAUGAUACCGCAGGGCAUUCUGGCCAAGAACAUGGCCUACCAGCCCACCUACUACUGCGGCACCAACGACAACCUGCUGGUUUACGCUUCACCUCCCUAUAUGAUGCACUUUUCCAGCGAUGAGCUGACCCUAAAUCGCGAUGUGGAGACGGGUUUCAGCAUGACUUACCGCCUGAGGAACUCGCUCCUCUAAUUCUUCCUAAUUAAGUUUGCAUAGUUUCUUGCCUAGAAUUUAAUAAACUCGAAUGUGUUUAAGAGCA